ACGGUAUUGGUGGGUUUUUGUCCCUUUAAACUCUUCUGUUAUUCUAUCUAUUAUUCUAUCUAUUGUUUCGUUCCAUCUCACAAAACAAGAAAAAAAAUAAAAAGAAAAAGGAAAAAAUGAAAAUUUCACGUUCCUGAGAGAGAGAGAAAGAGAAAGUUCAGGACUUAAAUGCUUUCAGUGCCUGAAUUCCCUUAGAUCUCUUGCAUUUCCAAACAGUUUUCCGGGGUUUUUGCUUUGCACGCAAGUUGUACUUUUUUUCGCUGUCGGAAAAUGAGUUUCAUCGGAAAUUUCGUUGCUUGAUCGUAGUUUGGUUCCUCGGAUCGUUGUUCGAAUGUUGUUGUCUCAAGAGUGAAAAAGAUCUGCUGUAUUUGUGUUUCUGGUUAUUUGAUGAGCCAACUAUGGUGUUGAAGAAGAGGGUUGAUUAUAGAUUUAAAGGCUUUCGAGUCCCAGUUAUACCUAAAGCUCCUAGAUCUGCAAGAAGGAGGGGUUCUUUCAACAAAGAUGAUGAUGGUCGAGCCUGUGCUAUUGAACUACUGGCUUCUUUAGCUGGGCAGUUGUUGCAGGAGAGUGAAAGUUCUGCUUCCAGCAAUGCAUCUGAAGGAAAUCAUCAGCCUGCAUUUAGCCACGGUGUCAUUGGGCAAGAUAGACAGGAUGAAGUGAAACCAUUAAAAACCGAGGAAGUUCAUCAGGGAAGUUGUGCAGAGAGUACUUUUAAGACUGAGGUAGCCUCACAAAACAGUAGUCGGAAAUCUGUUUCACAUGCCAAGACUGAUUGUUUGCUAGAGCACGUUUCAGUUAAUACUAAUUCUGACUGUCGGAAGAAAGUUGAAGCUGAUGUUAAGACUGAAAUUUCCGAUUGUGAUAAUAAGUUUGGACAUUAUUCUGAUAGGUUAGUAGAAACACCUGAAAACUUUAGGGAGUCUAGCGAUGGUAACAUAAAGAAAGGAUUUAAAUGGGAACAGGAGGUCGGCAGUUCAUGCUUUCGGGAAUCAACUUUGGCUGAUAAAUGUAGUUUGAAGGAGCACUUAGAAUUGUAUGUAUCUCCUACACUAAUUGACUCAAAAAGUAAUCUUAAGUCUCCAUUUCAUAGGAAAUCUUUUCCCAGUGCAUCCUUUUCCAGGCAUGGGAAUGGUAGUAAGUUAGGUUUUAGAGAUGAUGACGAAAACUUUUUAAGGUGCAAAAAAGCUUGCACGAAAUCAAAGGCUUUUAGGUCUCCACGACGCAUUGCACACCGAAGAAUCAGGAAUUUGAUGUCUUCCAAAUACUGGAAGACAGCUCCAAAGUUGAAGGACUGCGAACUUUCUAGAUCCGAUUUAGGAGUACCAAAUUAUCAUAAGAGGAAGACUUGUUAUGGUGUUGAAAGGUCUCAGCUUAACACCAUUGUUAAAAGGAGGAAAUUCUUUGACAGAGUUUCAGGGGUAACUUCUGAUGGAGGAUUUAGCAGUGAGAGUGUGUCCAAUUCACCUCAGAAAGGGACAGAUAGAGACAAGCCUAGCUCAUCUGCAAAACUUCAUGUAUCUAAGGCCAAGGAUUCUCAUGUGAAGUUUAGCAUUAAGUCAAUAAGGAUACCAGAGCUUUAUAUUGAGGUUCCUGAAACUGCAACUGUUGGUUCACUAAAGAGGAGAAUCAUGGAGGCAGUGAUGGCUAUAGUUGGAGGUGGUGCGCAUGUUGGUGUUCUUCUUCAGGGGAAAAAAGUUAGAGAUGACAAUAGAACACUUGUGCAGACUGGUAUAUCUUGCAAUGAAAAUUUGGAUAGCCUCAGUUUCAUGUUGGAGCCCACUUCUCUACAAGCUUCUCCAAUUUUGUGUGUUGGUGAUCCUUGUUCUCAAUGUGAAACAUCUCAGCCUACCAGGCCCACAGAAACUCCUGUCUUAGAUUCAGGGAUUACAGAUACUUUACAUGACUCACCCUUGCUGACAUAUCCGGGCAACCUAAUUGAAAGUAACCACGAGUUUACUUCUUCACCCGCCGACACUACAGUUGACAACAUAACACCUGAUUCCAGAGCACUAGUUGCUGUUCCAGCUAUCACAGAAGCAUUAGCUGUGGUUCCUGUGAGUCAGAAAACCAAGCGCUCUGACUUUGCACAGCGUCGAACCAGGAGACCAUUCUCUGUGGCUGAGGUAGAAGCACUCGUUCAUGCAGUUGAGGAACUAGGAACUGGGAGGUGGCGUGAUGUUAAGUUGCGAGCUUUUGAGAAUGCAGACCAUAGGACAUAUGUAGACUUAAAGGAUAAAUGGAAAACAUUGGUGCACACUGCAACAAUCUCCCCUCAACAAAGGAGAGGAGAGCCAGUACCUCAGGAGCUCUUAGACAGGGUUUUGGCUGCACAUGCUUUCUGGUCUCAGCACCAAACUAAGCAACAUGGCAAGCACCAAGCUGGACCUGGAACCUUGAAGAUUGCAGAAGCCUCAGCUGAAAGACAGUGUGUGUGUUGAAGGUGUACAAUCACUUGUGAUGAUGGUGUAGAAAGGAGUGGUGGUGGUGUUGUUGACAGGACAAAGAGGAAGACAAACUUGUACAUUUUGAUUCAAUUUCAUGUAAUAUUCUUACACCAAAUUCUUUGCCGGCCAUUAAUUGCAUUCGGGUUGGCAUUUGUACAUGAUUUGAUGCAAUAAGGUUGUUGUUCUAACAGGAACUUAUGCUGUUCUUUGAUUUUUUUUCUUGAUUCUUUUUCAUUUAUGAAUGUAUGUAGAAAUGUAAAAAAGAACAUGACAGGCCAAAGGAAAGGUGAAAAUGUUCAUGUUAUUAUCUUUCUCUUCAUUUAUGGAAAUUAUUGUUCCCACUUGUUUGAUACUCA